CAUUCAUAGCAGAUCACACUUCCUCAACCCUGGCUACAUUAGCUCCACAAUGAACUGUGGCCUCUGCCUGGCAUUCACUUCCCCACAUUUUUAUGUGAUCUGACCUCUUGCUUCAAAGGUCUUGCUUGAACGUCCCCUUAUCAAGGACAGCGUUCUUGGUUCUUAGGUGAAGCAACCUUCCCCAAGCCACUUCAUUCUAUUAACUUCUUCUCAGUACAUCUCUUGGGCCCACCAUGUUGCACAGGCUGGGCUGGCUGCUGUUCUACAGUCUCGUGGUACUGCUGCUCAGCUGUCUGCUCUUUCUGAAGAAGGAGGCCCCCUCGGAAGGGGACCUCAAGACCCACCAACCCUUCUGGGAACCCUCUGGGGCUCACCACAGCCAGUGCCUACCCAAUCGCACAGUGGCUAACACUUCCCUAUCCCUGCCUAGUCGUCACCGCCUCUUCUUGACUUACCGCCACUGCCGAAAUUUCUCCAUCCUGCUGGAGCCUUCAGGCUGUGCCAAGGACACCUUCCUGCUCUUGGCCAUCAAAUCACAACCUGGUCACGUGGAGCAACGUGCAGCUAUCCGCAGCACUUGGGGCCGAGCAGGGAGCUGGGUUAGGGACAGGCAGCUGAAGCUGGUGUUCCUACUUGGACUGGCAGUGCCCACACCCCCAGCUCAGCUGCUGGUCUAUGAGAGUGGAGAGUUUGAUGAUAUCCUACAGUGGGACUUUGCGGAGGAUUUCUUCAACCUAACUCUUAAGGAGCUGCACUUACAGCGCUGGGUGGCAAGUGCUUGUCCUCAUGCCCACUUCAUGCUUAAGGGAGAUGAUGAUGUUUUUGUCCAUGUCCCCAAUGUGCUAGAGUUCCUGGAUGGCUGGGACCCAGCCCAGGACCUCCUGGUGGGAGAUGUCAUCCACCAGGCCCUGCCCAAUAGGAACACCAGAGUCAAAUACUUCAUCCCACCCUCCAUGUAUAAGGCACGCCACUAUCCACCCUAUGCUGGGGGUGGAGGCUAUGUCAUGUCCAGAGCCACAAUGAGGCACCUCCAAGCAGCCAUGGAGGGGACUGAGCUCUUUCCUAUUGAUGAUGUCUUUGUGGGCAUGUGCCUGAAGAAGCUGGGGGUACACCCCACACACCAUGCUGGCUUUAAAACAUUUGGAAUACGGCAACCUCUGGACCCUUGCCUAUAUAGAGGGCUCCUGUUGGUACACCGCCUGAAUCCUCUGGAAAUGUGGACCAUGUGGGCACUGGUGACAGACAAGGGACUCAAGUGUGCAGCUACCCUCAAGCUUCAGUACUGAGGAGUGAGUGAAGUGACAGCCCUAGAGUUGACUCAGUUGAUUCUCUAUCAUGAAGACAAACUGAAAACCUCAAAAACGGAUCCUUGAGGGUCUAAAAGAAAUGCCGAUUUCAUUUUUGCAAACCAUUCCUAUCUUGUUAGCUCUCUUAAAAAUGCUAAAAUUUGGGGCUGGGGCUCCACUCACAGACAUAUAUAUAUCCUCAGCACCACAUAUAAACAAAGAUCAACAAUUAAAAAUUUUUUUAAAUUAAAAAAAAAAAAAAACAUGCUAAAACAGUGUAUUCAGCAUUAGCUGGAUGAGAGACAAAACUUAGCAAACACUGCCAGAAACCCAUGGGGGGAAUCCCUAGGGCCCUUUGGGGCUCUGCAAUGGGCAAUGAAGGAAAAUGACUGCAUAGGGCCCCAGAAGACACACACAAAUUAAGUGGAAAAAAAUAUAUAUAUUCUCCUUUGGCUAUAAUAGAGAAACUCAAAGAAGGAAACACAAGAAGCAUGUGUUAAGUCCUGUUGGGAGCACCAGGUGAACACUCUGCAUUCAAUCCCUUCACAGUUACACUCUUGGCUCCUUGGCCUUACCUGUCCAAGGAGCUGGUGGUAAGGCCAUAUCAGAGAAGGCAUUACAUAUGCUUAAAGAGCAAUCUUAAAAACCUGACAGUCUCCCCUUCCCCACCAAACUCAAACUCCUAUGGAGGGAAUAAAUACUAAAUCAUAUUUGAAAAUCUGAGUAAGCUUGAAACUGAGGUUAAACAGCUAUUGAACUUAAGUGACUAAAAGACCCCUCUCUGGCCCUUGCCGGUGAAAUGUUUUGGGUAUAAGGUUAAAAAUGAGAGAGCAGGUAUGCCGAGGGGGGUGCAAGGUUAAACAGGGCACAUACAGUGCCCAUGGACUAACAACCAGGUCCAGUAAAAGCUGAGACCAUAGGGGAAAGGGCCAGGCAUUCAGAGCUCACAAAGGCUUCUGGCCUGAUAGGCCAGGGUAGGGCCUGCCGCCUCUUCUCUGUGCAGAGAGAAUUGUACUGUGCUGGGUGGAUGGCAUCCACCUCUGCUUUCCCCAUGAGUGGGUAGAAAGGGCAGCCAGCUUGGGCCCUCAAUCUUCACGCAGGUAGGCCUCCUGUUCCUGGUCGGCCCUCUCGUCCCUUCCCUCUUGUGAUUUCUGGUGUAGCUCCUGUGUUUGUGCUUCAGCCAGCUUGGUUUCUGCUUUCUGGGAGAGUUGGCGCACCUCCUGCACCUGCGAUUUCACCAGUUGAAUGUGGUUCCUGGCAGUUAUAGAGGCCUGAUCUGCUCCUGCCAAAACAUGGGACAACUGCUUGAGCAGGGUAGAAGGCACAUAUGGACACAAGGAAAGCCUGGGGCCCUGAGGCUGUCAUGUGAGUCCCUCUUGGGGUCAUGUUCCCUAACUGGUCUAGCUACAAGGGUGGUCAAUUGUCCUAAUAUGCAAAUAAAAUAUUGGUUAUUUUGGAAA